AUGCCGCUGACUUCAUGGCUGGUUCCAUGUGGGGCCGCCGAUGAUGUCGUGGAUCGUGAGCCCGACCAGCCAAAUGAGCAGCCUCGCCGUCCGCCAGACGCAGCAGAGCCGGCCCGCACGAUCGCAGACGGCUCGUGGGGUCAGCAACGCCCUCGUGCAACUGGCCGAUACGACUUGCAAACCACCAAUCGCAUAUUGCGCGCGGACGCAGGGUUGUGGAAACUUCGAGAAGCUUCGGCCACUCGACGUCACACGUCACUCACCUGGAGAGAUGGAGACGCUCUAGAGCCUUUCAAGUUUCCAGCGUGCCCCGACAGGGUCUCACUUCCUUUCAUCUCCGACCAUUUUCUCAGUCCUUUUGUCCACGACCUUCACACCAUCUCCGACAACGCCUCUCUAGGCCCCAUUCCCAGACCGUUUCCCCGACCGACACCUCUACGUCAUUCGAGAAGCUCCUCUGGGGUUCUAUUUCGCUGCGCCCGCGAGGAGAUCCGUGAUUUUAAGCUGACAGCCCUCGCCCGCCCGCGCUGA